CCUGAACGCAUUUCCGUCCUCAAUGCAACCUUGGAGAUCCCACCGCCUCUCCGACCUCCAUCCACAUCCCUGGCUGCAACCUUGGACCUGUGCCCCGCAGACAUUUGUGCUCCUCUUUGAAAUCGUGUAUUGCAAAACUUGAUAGGUAGCCAAACCUCCGAUCCUUACGGUGGCGAGAGAUGAGGUUGCCCCGCCCCCGCCCAUAAGACAACCGGCUUAGAAAUUACAUAGUACUACUUAAGCCUUAAUAUCUUUAUGACCAAUGUCUAUACCCUCUAAGCCUUUACUACUUAUUAUUCUCCGCUCCAAUCUCAUUACGAAGUCUUUACCUUCUUAUCCUUGUUACUAUCUGUAUCACUACUCGCUUGUUGCAGCCAAAGUCUUUAUUGUUUGACUUCAGUAUCUCGUAAUGAUGGAUUACCCAAAUCUUGCAGUCCUCCAAGCUAGCGUAAAUGCUACAAAAGCCAAAGUUGCCGACCUUGAAGGUCAAUUGGUUCAGGCUAGAGACGAAAACGCAGCCCGAGAGAGAGAAAUGAUAACGGCUAUGCUCAAGCAAGCAAAACUCCCUGACAGGUUGGAAUCAAGAUCUUUUCGUGCUGAAGUGAACCAAAUUGCAGAGCACUGGUCUCGGUAUGGACCUAGUAAAUCAGGUCUUACCUUUGGAGCGUUGAUUUGUCUCUGUCGAUCACUUCCGAGAACCGACUGGGAUCUCCUGCAACGGCACCCUGAGACAUUUCGAGAACAAGCUCCUUCGGUCAAUGAGCGCCUCGGUACAUGGAAGUGGGAAGUCUGGGAGUGGUUUCGAAAGUUCGUGAAUCCUGAACUCCAGAAAAGCUGUGUUGCUGCAAUGACUUUUGAAAAUUUCAAGGAUGAUCUUCCUGGAUUGAACAAUCAAUUGCAAUGCAUCCAAAGGCAAACUAACGCCGCAGAAACCAUUCAGCUGCCUUCCGCAACUUUCCAAAAUCCUUCCGGAACACCUGUUGAUAAAGUUGCUCAAAAUGAAAGGAAUGAAUCAUGGAGUCGAAAGUCCCCUGGCACAACCUCUUGUAACCCAAGAGAAUGCAAUCUCGCCGAUUUAGUACCAGUGUCUCGGGCCGCCCGACUAAGCCAGCCGCCAGGAUACCUCUCUUCUGUAGCGUCGUACGCAAACAGUGAAAGCUCUAGUAUGUAAACUGUCUUAGUUUGCUGCGAUCAUUGUUGACCACCGUGAAGAUAUCGAGAAUUCCGAGUCCAGCCACCACCCACAAAAGCGACGGCGGACUGACGGGCUAUCGGGUAAUGCACACUUUAAUAAGCCUCCCAGCAUCCAACUACCAGUACCAGCAUCUCGGGCUUCACAGGAAACCCUCACUCAACCUCUACAACCUCAUACAAGUGCGGAUCCUCAACCCCUGAACGUCAACGGUCUAACAGGAAACUGGCAUGAACGGAUUUCCGGCGCGUCCAUGGACGCGCACGACCCACCUCCAUAUGACAGUACAUCAUUCAUGAAAAUCGGCUCUGUAAUCAAUCCCUCAGACCCACAAAAUCGCACAGAUCAUCGUUUGAUGAAUGGCUGGGCCGAAACUUUUGGGUCGGAUAAUUUCCCUUACUAUAACCAUGAAGAAAAUCGACAAAGCGACAACCCAGCUUGUCUGUCAACGGAUUUGUCGGACUUUCAUCAGAAGGGAUUUUCGCACUGGAAUGACGAAUCUACUACUGGAGCGGUACAGUCAUUGGCAGCCAGUGGCUUCUGGGGCCUUCCUGGAUUAAACAACAUUUAUUCGAUUCUAGCAAAUCAGAAAUUACGAAGCUUUCUUGAUCAAGCACUCGGGCCAGGACCAUACAUUAUUCGGCACUGCAGCUGGUGGAGCGGGGCGGCAUCGGAUGGCCAACCUAUCUACUUGAAGCGGAAUACUGAACGAAGUGAUUUGUGCCUGGGUUUACACAUACUACUCCAAGGAACAUGCAUCCGAUAUUUUACCGGAUCUCACAAAGAAAGCUGGCCGGCAGAAGGGUUGCCGACGUUCAUCAACUAUGAUCAGGACAGACUUCAAGUUUACAAACAGGAAACUAUCUCGAAUGGAUUAACAUUGUUCGACCCCAGAAUAAAUCAUCAGUUCGAAAAUGGUUCGGCGAUGACAAUCAUCUUUGGCAAGGAGGAGACGUUGGAAGGCUGGGCGCCGCUGCUGGUAAAGAACCCACACCUGGGCCAUUUUCUUGAGAAGAUGAAGCAAGAUUUGAACAUCGGCUGGAAUAUUGGAUAAAUCUAGUCCAAAACUUCAGUGUUUGUUUGUAGUGUUGACAUUAGUUGGGAAUACAUACAUAAAGCGCGAAUCGGGGCAUUC